GGAAGAUCUAAGAGAGACAGACACUCAGUGAUGUCCAGAGACACCCUGUUUGGGAUCCUCCUCUCCAUUCAAACUGGUACUGGUUUCCUUGGGAACUCCUUGCUGUUUGCUUUAUACAUGCACACCUUCUUCUCUCUGCCCCGCAAGAAGAAGCCUGCUGAUGGGAUCCUUGCCCACUUAACUUUGGCUAACGCCCUGACCCUCCUAUUCAGAGGGGUUCCAAGUAUAAUUAGUUCCUUUGGAAUGAGGCCUGAGAUAGGCGACACUGGGUGUAAAGUAGUUCUCUACACUCACAGAGUUACCCGGAGUAUUUCUCUGUACACAACCUCCCUCCAGAGCACAUUUCAGGCGGUGACCAUUGCUGUAAGCGGUCGUAAAUGGACCUGGCUCAAGAACAACAUCUCUACACUCAUUCAACCCUCCAUAUUUUCCUGCUGGGUCAUCAACAUGGUCAUCUAUUCUGAGAUUAUCUUAAAAGUUGUGGCCAACAGGAAUACCACUGAUGUUACCUCUGGGUAUUAUGGUCCUUUUUGCAAGGUCAGUACAUAUGAUCACCAGGUGGCUGUGACAAUUCUCAGUAUAGUGCUCAUUCAGGAUGUGCUCUUUCUCUCCCUAAUGGCGUGCAGUAGUGUCUACAUGGUGACCGUCCUUUCCAGACACCACAGAGUAGCUCGGCUCGUCCGCAGUAGCGUCCACUCCUCACGAAGCUCUCCUGAGCACAGAGCCACCCACGUCAUCCUCAUGCUGGUUUGCUGUUUCAUUUUUUUUUACUGGACCAACAGCUUUCUUACUGCUUAUCCACAGUUUGGAAAUAAGAGGAAUUGGCAACUGGAGAACGUUAAUGCCUUUAUUUCUUCAUGUUACCCGACCAUCUGUCCUUUUGUACUGAUGAAAAAUGAGAACAGGAUUUCCAGAGUGAAUUUCAUGAAUAGAAGGACCAGAAUUUUCUUUCAUGAAAGUAAAUUAAAUGAUCCUAUGAACACUCCUCAGCAUUUGUCUUCACAACAAGAUUCAUUUAUAUGUGUCCAGAGUCACAAGGUUAUCAAUGGUUUGAGGGAUAUGUUUAGUCCCCAUUGUGCUGAGUUAACAGGAAGUAAAAUCAAUGCAUUGUCCAGUUAUGAAACUUUUUAG